GUUAUGGAUGAACAUUAAAUGUUAGUGUUUAUUUAGAUGGGAUAGAAAAAGAUCUGCAAAAUAUAUGCCAGUCUUAUUUGUUUAUACAUGUUAUUUAUCAUUCAUGUAAUUGUUUUUGGUGGUUGGCUAUCAGUACAGUAAAGGUAAACAAUCAAGGCAAUGACUUUUAUGUUGUUAGAGCACCACCUAGUGGAGAACACAUCCAUUACACCUCCCAAAUGAAGCAAAACGGAAAAAAGAAAACCUCACUUCGUUAAGAAAUGCAUUUUGUUCAACAUAUAUUUGUUUUCAUUUAACUUUGCAAUUAUCACCACGCAUUGAAAUAAACAAAAUAUGUUCCUCUCUGUGCUCUAUGGCAUCCACAAACUGAGAGGGGCCACACAGAGGUUUAUUGUAUAUAAUGAAGAAGGACAAAACUAUUCAAAGCUAAGGCCAACAACAGUAAAACUUUAAAGAUGCUAUAAUGUGACAUAUGCUCACCCACGUGAUACAUUAUUAGAUAUUAUAUGUAUCUUGAUGAUCUUUACAGAGAUCUUCAACAGUAAAUAAAAAUAGUCUGGUUUGUUUUCAAUUUUUGUGAAAUCUCCGUCAACGCCUCCUGUUGUGCGCAUGCGUGCUGCGCAGGUCUCCUCGUGAUGACAGCAAAUGACAGCUUUGUCCGCUUUAGCUAAAGCCAGUGAGAGACCGCUAACCGCUAACACACAGUGCUUCAUACGCGAGAAAUUCCAUGAACAGCCUUGUUUAGAGACGUCGUGAUCAACUUUUACAGGCCAGUUACAUUUGCCGUGACCUUUCUGCCUGAGUGAGCCGGUGAAGAUGGUGAAGCCAGAUAUCCACACUCUGGCCCAUCACCUAAAGCAGGAGCGGCUCUACAUCUCGUCAGAGAAGCAGCUGAUCCAGAGGCUCAACAGUGACGUGCUGAAGACUGCUGAAAGGUUGUAUCAUGCUGCCUGGAUCGCCAAGCAGCAGAGGAUCAACCUCGAUCGGCUCAUUCUCACCAGUGCGGAGGCCUCCCCCGCUGAGUGCUGCCAACAUGCCAAAAUGCUGGAAGACACACAGUUUAUUGAUGGAUACAAGAUUCUCGGGUUCCAGGAAACAAUCUAUGGUGAGUUCCUGGCCAGGUUGAGGGAAAAUCCCAGACUGGUCGCAUCCUGCCUCGUGGCAGGAGAGAGACUGAACCAGGAGCACACCCAAGGAGUCAUCCAUACGGUCUUCACCUCACUCUAUGGCAACUGCAUCAUGCAGGAGGAUGAGAGUUACCUUCUGCAGGUGUUGAGGUACCUGGUAGAGUUUGAGCUUAAGGAGAGUGAUAACCCGCGCCGUCUCCUCCGACGGGGAACCUGCGCCUUCAGCAUCCUUUUCAAGCUGUUCUCUGAGGGCCUGUACUCCGCCAAACUCUUCCUCACUGCCACCCUUCAUGAACCCAUCAUGCAGCUGCUGGUGGAGGAUGAGGACCACCUGGAGACCGACCCGUCCAAGGUGACGGAGCGCCUUACUCCAGCCCAGCGCGAACGCUUUGGAGAGAAAGGGUCUGAGGACUACAGGCAGCGAGUGCAGACAGCUGUUGAAGCCAACGAAGCCAAACUCGUUGCUCUGGUGAACAAGUUUAUUGGCUACUUAAAACAAAACACCUACUGCUUUCCUCACAGCCUGCGCUGGAUCGUGUCCCAGAUGUAUAAGACUUUAUCAUGCGUGGAGCGCCUUGAGGUGGGUGAGGUGCGCACCAUGUGUACAGACCUCCUCCUGACCUGCUUCAUUUGCCCGGCUGUAGUCAACCCGGAGCAGUACGGUAUAAUCUCAGACGCACCCAUCAACGAGGUUGCUCGCUUCAAUCUAAUGCAGGUGGGGCAACUUUUGCAGCAGUUGGCCAUGGCUGAUGAUGAUGCAGACCCAAGGAGGAAGAGCAGUUUGUCUAAGUUUGAUAAGGGUUGUGUUGCUGCCUUUUUGGAUGUGGUGAUUGGAGGAAGAGCGGUCGAGACCCCCCCUAUGUCUUCAAUGGACCUUCUGGAAGGCCUCAGUAGGACUGCUGUCUACAUUACUCAUAAUCAGCUGCUGGCCCUGGUGGACUUUGUUCGGAGUGUGAUGGCAGGAGACCACCUACGGGAGGAGGAGCACAUGGCCCUGGAGACCCUGCUGGCCAACGUGCCCCAGUCUCGUACUGUAAAGAGCAACAGCCUGGAACUGACUCCCUCCAACACCCCCCAGCUCUCCCCCGCUACCACCCCAGCCAACAAGAAGAACAGACUACCCAUAGGACAACAUUUAGCUGCUAUAACAUCCUGGGACCCCACAGCCUCCACUUUGUCUGCUCACAUUCCGUUAGUAACCCCUUUUGCAGCUGCUCGCAGCCGCAGCCGUACCAACAUAUCCCAGGAGGUGGAGCCAGAGCCCGGCUCCCAGGAGUCCCUCCAAGAGCUGGUGCCAGAGGAGGUGCUUGUGAUUUCACUGGGAACCGGCCCUCAGACUGUCCCCGGGAUGAUGUCAGAGAAUGAGAUUUUGAACUUGCAGAUGGGCGAUGGGGCCCAGGGGGACGGCUCUGCCGAUGAUGCUAAGAUGCACGGGAAACCAGACAAAACCCUGCGCUUCUCUCUGUGCAGUGACAACUUGGAAGGAAUCUCAGAGGGACCGUCCAACCGUUCCAACUCUGUGUCCUCUCUGGAUCUGGAGGCGGAGUCUGUUUCCGAGCUGGGAGCUGGGCCCUCCGGGAGCAACGGGGUUGAGGCUCUGCAGCUUUUGGAGCACGAACAGGCCACCACACAGGACAACCUGGAUGACAAACUGCGGAAGUUUGAGAUCAGAGAUAUGAUGGGUCUGACAGAUGACCGUGACAUCUCUGAGACGGUCAGUGAAACCUGGAGCACUGACGUGCUCGGCAGUGACUUUGACCCAAAUAUGGAUGAAGAUCGACUGCAAGAAAUAGCAGGGGCAGCUGCAGAGAGCAUGCUUGGGAGCCUGCUGUGCCUUCCUGGCUCCAGUUCAGUUCUGCUGGACCCCUACGGCUCCACCAUCUCGGAGACUACGAGCGAAGCCUGGAGCGUGGAGGUCCUUCCCAGUGACUCAGAAGCUCCAGAUCUGAAGCAGGAGGAACGUCUGCAGGAGCUGGAAAGCUGCUCGGGAGUUGGUAGUACCUCAGAUGACACGGAGGUCCGCGAGGUCAGCUCUAGACCCAGCACACCUGGCCUCAGCGUCGUCUCGGGUAUCAGUGCCACAUCAGAAGACAUCCCUAACAAGAUUGAGGACUUGCGGUCAGAGUGCAGCUCAGAUUUUGGUGGGAAGGACUCUGUGACCAGUCCAGAUGGGGAGGAGUCAACCCACGGAUCCCACCAUCUGACAUCUCCACCUUCUCAGGCUGAAUCCUUACUAGCCAUGUUUGAUCCCCUCUCCUCAGGUGAAGGCUCCUCCACUGGGACAAUAGUCAGGCCCAAGGUGCACUAUCCCAGGCCCAAUCACCCUCCUCCUGACCCUCCCAUUCCUGAAGCCAGUGCCCUGGGGCCAGAGACACGUCACUCUCUGUUCACGCCUCACUGCUUGGCCCAGUGCGAGCUGGAGCACAUGAAGCAGCGCCACUCCUUCCCCGACAGGCUGGUGCGCAGCCGCAGCUCCGACAUCGUGUGCCCUGGCCGCCGGCCCACAAGUGAUCCCGGCCUCAACAGGCGGGUGGCAGUCGAAGAGCGUGACCCUGCCGGGGCCUUUCCCUCAGGACCCUCCUCAUCACCCAGCAAGGACUCCCUGAAAGGAGAGAUGGAGGACAGGAAAGACAGUGAUGACGAGAAGUCCGAUCGCAACCGACCGUGGUGGAAGAAACCUUUCUCUUCAGCUAUUCCCAAAGUGCUAUAUUGGACGGCUGAGAGUGAUGUCACAGCUCCGAUCACAGCGUUUAGGAAAAAGGACAAACACGAUAAAGAUAAAACGCCUCAGGAGCAAGUUCCACAAGAUGAGCCCAGUCAGAGCCACCAGGCCCAGGCAGCGGAGGACAUCCUGGACAAGUACAGGAACAUCAAAAGUACCAGCCCGAGCAACGACCCCCCACCCAAAGAGAGACCAGAAGAUGUUGAUGAAAGCAUCCCUCCUAGAGAAGACCCCUCACACAACAUUUCCAUAGAUGACCUUCCUGACUCCGCCAGCCAGACAGCACAGCAACAUUAUUCCAAGUUCUCUUUCAGUGAUGCAAAGAAGAAGCUGAGGUUGGCUCUAUGUUCUGCAGACUCUGUGGCCCUCCCCAUCAUGGCAUCGGCGACCACAUGCAACGGGCUGCCUGAUCACAUGGAUCCUGAGGACAAUGAGAUCGUCUGUUUCCUGAAGGUCCAGCUAGCUGAAGCCAUCAACCUCCAGGAUAAGAACCAGAUCGCUCAGAUCCAGGAGACCACGCGCUGCGUCAGCCGCUUCGAUGCACGCACCUGCAGGAAGCUGCUGGCUGCCAUUGCAGAUGAUUAUAGAAAGCGGGCUCCAUACAUAGCUUACCUCACCAGGUGUCGCCAGGGCCUGCAGACCUCUCAGGCCCACCUGGAGAGGCUCCUACAGAGGGUGCUGAGAGACAAGGUGGUGGCCAAUCGCUACUUCACCACUGUUUGUGUUCGGCUCCUUCUUGAACAUAUGGAGUCAAAGAUGCUCGACUUUAUUAAAGCGUUCCAGGGGUGCACGGCAGCUGAUGACAAGACUGCAGCAGUGGAGGAUUUUCUUCGCUACUUGUACGGCGCCAUGGCCCGUGAUGCCAUUUGGCAGUAUGCGAGUGAGGACCAGCUGCAGGAUGCCCAGAUGGCCAUCGAGCGCAGCGUUAUGAACCGCAUCUUCAAGCUGGCCUUCUACCCCAAUCAGGAUGGAGAUAUUCUCAGAGACCAGCUUUUCUAUGAACACAUCCAUCGGCUCUCAAAAGUUGUCACAGCAAACCACAAAGCUCUUCAAAUCCCAGAGGUCUACCUAAAGGAAGCUCCAUGGCCUUCUGCUCAGUCUGAGAUUAGGAGCAUCAACGCUUACAAGACCCCGCGAGACAAAGUCCAGUGUAUUCUACGAAUGUGUUCCACCAUCAUGAAUCUUCUCAGUUUAGCCAACGAAGACUCGGUGCCAGGAGCAGAUGACUUCGUCCCUGUUCUUGUCUUUGUCCUCAUAAGGGCAAACCCGCCCUGCCUGCUGUCCACCGUUCAGUACAUCAAUAAUUUCUACGCCAGCCGGCUGAGUGGGGAGGAGUGCUAUUGGUGGAUGCAGUUCACCGCGGCGGUGGAAUUCAUUAAGACCAUCGACGAUCGCAAGUGAAGCAGAACAGCCACCUGUAUGGGCAGACUGCGGGGGAAGGAGCCGGGAGACUGGGAGGCUUCCCAACCAACUGCUCCCUCUGCACAGCUCAGAAGAGCUGGCUCUCAGCCUGCUCGUGAUUUGUAUAGCUUGUACAUAGCCAGAGAUGCAGAAAAAAACACACAAAAAUAUAUAUUACAGUACUUAUGUGGGCAAAUCCAGGUUUGGGGGAGAAUUGGCAACAUAUCAACGCUAAAUCUGAAUUGAUCUAUUUUUUAUUUUCUACUUUUUAUUUUGCCGGUCUCUCUUGGCCUCUUAUCUAUCUAUCUAUCUAUAUAUAUAUAUAUCUAU